AUGGGGACUCUCCUCCUCAUGAGGCUGCUUAGUGUCCCCCCUGGUCUUUCCGUUGAGCUGAGUUCUCAGGGAGUCCCACCCAUCCCCAAUGUUGAUGCUUAUGCCUUUUGCACAGGGGCUGAUAGGGGUGACCAGAGCCAAUAUGGUGGGGGUGCUAGUUCCUCAGAGAACGCUGCAGAGGGCUCCCAGAAAGAUCCUCUCAUCAAGAGGAUGAGCCUUCUGGUGCAGUUCCUGCUGCACACGUAUAAGAUGAAAGAGCCAUUGAUCACCAAGAAAGAAAUCAUGAAGAUCAUCAACAAGAAGUACCAGGAGCGCUUUCCUGAGGUCCUGCAGAGAGUCUCUGAGCACAUGGAGCUGGUCUUCGGCCUUGAGCUCAAGGAAGUCGACCCCAGUGUUCCAACCUACCUCCUGGCCAAUGUGCUAGAGAUCAACAGGGAAGAUUAUGUCUUUGAUACGAAGAGGUUCCCCAAGUAUGGGCUGCUGCUGCCUAUCCUGGGCAUGAUCUACAUGAAUGAAUACCAGGUCAGCGAGGAGCAGCUCUGGCAAUUCCUCAAUCGAGUUGGGGUCUCUGAUGGGAAGAGGCACUUCCUCUUUGGAGACCCCAGGAAGCUCCUCACCAAAGAUGUAGUACAGGAAAAGUACCUGGAGUACCGCCAGGUGCCCGGCAGCGAUCCUCCAACUUUCCAGCUCCUGUGGGGCCCCAAGGCCUAUACCGAAGCCAGCAAGGCCAAGGUCCUAGAAUUCAUCGCCAAGAUGCGGAGAAUGGAUCACAAGGCUUUCAAAAUCCUGUUUGUGGAAACUUGGAAAGAGGAAGAAGAGAGAGCAGCAACCAUGACGUGGUCCGUGGGUAAUUUUAAUGCCACGGCUAGGGCCCGAUUCAGGGCAAAGUCCAGCAAGGCUUCCCGUGAAAAGAGAGAAUAA